AUGUUCGUUUUUGCGGCCAUCACAUUGAACGUCCACCCAUCGACAACUAACCACACAGCAGUCAAAAUGGUUGCCGCUAAGAAGCAUGUCGCGAUCGUCAAGAAGCACGCAAAGCGCUUCAACCGUCACCAGUCGGACCGCUUCAUGCGCGUUGACCCCUCAUGGCGCAAGCCCAAGGGUAUCGACAACCGUGUCCGCAGACGCUUCAAGGGCCAGGCUGCUAUGCCCAAGAUCGGAUACGGCUCCAACCGCAAAACCCGCCACCUGAUGCCCAGCGGCCACAAGGCUUUCCUCGUCAACAAUGUCGCCGAUGUUGACCUCCUCCUCAUGCACAACACCACCUUCGCCGCAGAGAUCUCUCACUCGGUAUCGGCACGAAAGCGUAUCGACAUCCUUGCCCGCGCCAAGCAGAUCGGUGUCAAGGUCACCAACGGAAAGGCUCGCGUCAAGACUGAGUCGUAG